UCUUCCCAAACCACUUCCAGGUAUCUCAACGCAACAUUUUUCAUCCUUUAAGUAACGGUUUCUUCUUCCUUUUUUCAAUGCAAAGAAACUUACCUUCUCAAAUGGCAACAUCAACAGGAAAAACCAAUGAUUCAAAACCAAAAAUGAACCAAAAGAUCAACAAAGGAGCCAAAGUAGGCACAUGUGGACCCCAAACUAAUCUCAAAGCAAACCGGGUUUUCGGUGCAACUAGGAACACAAACAUUCAAGGAAAACCGGGACCAGAUCACAAGUCUAUUGCCAAAACAAAAGUUUCAGUUACAAAGAGACAACCAAAACCUAUCAAGGCAACCGCAACUGAAGUUCCAAUUCCAAACACCAAAACGCAAGCCACUAUUGAAAAAUCCCCUGAAAAUGUGAACCUUGCAUUGAGGAAGAUCAAAAGUGAUGAUAAUGAGAAGAAUGAUUCUGAGGAGCCCAAAACUCCUGUUGUAGAGCCUUCCCAUGUGAGAGCCAAGUUGAAGGUGCAAUCCACACCAUUCUACAGUGCGGUGCAUUGUAGCAAAUGCCGAUUUGAUAAGCUUGAAACCGCGUCUUACUGGAUUGGCCACAUCAAAAUGGCAGAGUCUGUGGGCAAGCACUCUGUUUCCUCUGGCUUCUUUAGCCUUGCCUUGGAAUCUCAGGCUGAGGUUUGCACUUUUUCAUAAAUUUAUAUCUGCAUUUUUCUCUAAUUCAUAGUAAAUCUCUCCACAGUAAAGUUAGUUGACCAUAAUUUGCAAUCUUGGGUUUGAAUAAAUACCACAUAAGUUAGUCGACCGAAUUCACUACAGUUAGAAAUCCUCCUACAUUCGGUGAAGUCAUGUGUCUAUAUCAUAUUUAAAUAAUGAAUUGC